GGAGUUCCGGGUGCGUGGGCGGAGGCAAGGCCAUUGGGCGGAGGCACUGGAUCGCAGCUGACCGGUGUUGUUUGUUUCCUCUCUGCUGCGUUGUCAGCAGACGCCAGCCAGCAUGCCGUCGGCGACCAAUGGCGGCACUGGCGACGCGAACAUCGUGGACCUGGACCGGGCGGCGGCCGAGGCCGAGUCGCUGCUGCGCCGCGCGCUGCGCGACGUCAAGCAGGGCUCCACCUACAAACAGCUGGGCGUGGGCGCUGCCGCUGGCUGGAUCACGGGCUAUUUGGGCAUGAAGGUGGGCAAGCUGGCCGCCAUGACGCUGGGCGGCUCGAUGCUGGUCAUGCAGAUUGCCUCGCACAAGGGCUACAUCCGGGUCAACUGGAAGAAGGUCAACAACGACCUGCAGCAGAUCAGCGAGCGCGUGCAGGACGACGUGCAGAAGACGGCACCCGGAGCCGUCGGCGAGGUGAAGAAGUUCGCCAACGAGAACAAGUACGUGGCGGCCGGUUUUACGGGAGGCUUCCUGAUCGGACUGUCCUGCUCCUGAACGCCUCCUGUUCUUGCGUAGCUCCUGCCGCUCUGGAGGGCGGCAGGGUCUGGCCGGCCGGUCGCCCCGCGGCCCUGACUGGACGACACCGCUGCUUUCAUGAGCGGUGUCUCUGGAGCGGGCUGCGGGGCGUGGGACUGCCGGCCACACUGAACGCGGCCUGAGUGCCCCGCUGGCGUUCUUACUUGCCAGGGGUUGUAUGGACUGUGGGUGACUUGCCGAGGACGUGCGGGCGCGCCGCGCGAUGCUUUAUGAAGUGGAAGACUGGGUUGGCUUGAGUCGGCUCCGUUCGCACAAUGCCAGGUAGUGCUCCAAGUCCUGGGCGAUGUGAAUGUCUCCAGUCUCGGGCGAUAGCGCGACUUUUAGCAUGUCACCUGCAGCGCCCCCGGUGCCAUGGCGUCACGAUAGUACCGCGUGGUUUUCCGCUGUGUAUGCCGUGACCCGCCGUUCAGUCGACGUGGUCCGAGCUGUCUGGACGUUGGUGUGAGGCCUCUCCUCCGGAUAUCUCGGGCCCCGCGCCGGUCCCAGCCCCGAGAGUCCGGCCUUCCCCCUCGCACCGGUCCCACCCCACGAGUCCAGCCCCACCCCCCGCGCCGGUCCCAGCCCCGCGAGUCCAGCCCCCACCUCCCGUGCGCCAGUCUCUUCCCCACGAGUCCGGCCUUUCCCCUCACGCCGGUCCCAGUCCCGAGAGUCCAGCCCCACCCCCCGUGCGCCGGUCCCAGCCCCACGAGUCCGGCCUUCCUCCUCGCGCCGGUGCCAGCCCCACGAGUCCAGCCCACCCCCCACGCCGGUCCCAGCCCCGAGAGUCCAGCCCCAUCUCCCCCGCGCCGGUCCCAGCCCCACGAGUCCAGCUCCGCUCCCGCGCGCCAGGCUCAGCCUCACUGGAAGCAGAGCCGCCACAGACCCGGGCUGGCGUGGACAUCUGGACGCAUGUGUGUUGGCACAGCUGGCUGUGUGGCUCUGGUUGGUGAGAUGUAGGAAGCUCGAUGGGAUGUAGAUAUGUAACGCGUGUAGUGCACUGUUCCUGGUUUGCCUAGAUCUUUAUUUUUUCUGUGCGUAGGUGCAUUUGUUGGGUGUGCCUUUUCUCCCCUUACCGAAAUAAAUAAGGUAUGCAUGAC